CGACCCGUUGGGUUCACCCUGAUUUCUUACGUUGGAACUGGGAAAGACACUCAGGAGUCGCAAUUGAACGCCAAAAAAAAACCCAUAUCUAUAUGACCGCAAGUCCAUCAAAGUGCAGAUGAACCGAUCCACCCCCACAAACCAGCCGCAACGGACGCCUCCAGUGGAUCCAAGUUACGGGGAGGAUGAAGAGCCCCCCACCACCAGUAAAGGCAAGAGAAAGCCAUCUGGUUCCGUCAAGCGAGAGAGCUGCCAGCGACUCAAGGCCACCAGAGCGUGCGAUAUUUGCAAAGAGAAAAAGACUCGCUGCAGCGGGACUCUUCCAUGUGCGCGUUGCCAGCGACUGUCGUUGCUCUGCGAAUACGAAACGACAUAUUCCAGGGGACUUGGCCCGCCACCGCCGCCACCACUGGAGCUGACCUUCGCUGACCAGCCGGACGAACAACAGCACUUCAAACGUGAUUUGAACUUCCAGACAUCGAUUCAACGCCCUGGACAGCAUGAGGCUGCCCAUCAUGCUCCUCCGAGAAAUGCCAAUCUCCUGACGGCGGAGUUCCAGGAAGGCUACCUAGACCUGGCGUCGGGAACCUCAUUUAUCAACCGGGUAUGUCAGCGCCUCAACCAGGACAAGACACUGUCCCCCGGUGCCAUGAGUGUCUCGGACGGGUUCCAUGGCGAGCUCUCGGACAGCCCAUCGGUCACCAAAUUUGGAGACAAGCCGUAUUCCAGCCUCUACACGCUGGACUUCACCCUUCCUCCGUUGGAGAGGGCUCUGGAGAUGGUUGCGACGUACUUUGAAUAUGCCGUUGUGACCUACCGGUUCUUGCAUCGUGGUCAGGUCGAGCAAUGGCUCCGUCAGAUCUACCAGAGCAACAUUUCGGGGACAAACCUGCCCACAGACCUAAUGGUAGGACGCUGCUGUAUUGUGUACAGUGUUCUUGCGAUUGGUACACUUUAUGAGAGGCGGGCUCCCGAGUCCAAUGUAGAUUAUGAUGAGCAAAGCGAACGCUGGUUUGCCCUCUCCAAGCGGAUGUCGUCCAUUGAGUCGGGCGCGCCACAGCUGGAGACAGUACAAGCCAGACUGAACCAAAGUCUUUACUUACUGGCGUCGUCCCGAGCUAGUGAGUGCUGGUUCGCGUUCGGCACCACCGUUCAGUUCUUGACCGCCCUUAACAUACAUCGCAAAUGGCCGUCCACGAUGGUCAAGGAGGGCAAGGGCACAUAUUUGGAGCAAGAACUUCGGAAGAGAACCUUUUGGAGCGUGUACACACUGGACAAGUAUCUGAGUGUGAUGUUCGGCCGACCGCGGUUGCUACACGAUGAGGACUUUGAUCAAGACCUUCCGGACGAGGCGACAGAUCAAGACUUGCUGAUCAAUGAGCCGAGUAUGCGCUCUGGCGUACCCGACGAUCUGAUGGUUGUAUCGGUACUCCAUUACCGGCUCUCACGGGUGUUGGCAGACAUUUCAAGGAAACUGUACACUCCCAAUCCGCCCGGUGGGUCUCCUUUCAAGGCGGCCAUCCUGUUAACCCUGGAAUUAGAACGAUGGAAAGAGGCUGCAGCUCCAUUGAUGGAUCGCUGGCGGUCACAGAUUCAGCAUCUCGCCUACUCCCACGCAAUCAUUCAUACCACACGGCUAUUUCUCUUAAAUGACUGCGAGGAUAUCCCCCAAUCGAGCGUCGCCACCUAUGUGCACAAAUGCAUCGAGGCCGCCGAGGAAGUUAUGACCGUCAUCAACGGACUCGCCAGCCGGAAAGCUCUCAUUCAUGGGUUUUGGUUUACCCAUUACGUGUGUUUCUGUGCCAUUACGGUGGUGUACAUCCACAUCAUCAAACAGCAUCUCGCGUCGUCGACGAGCGACACAUCGAGCCGGAAGGUGGAAAACAGCAGUCAGCUGCAAUACCUGUUCAGCCUCGCAGAGACCUGCCAACAGCACCUCGGGAAGGCCACCUCCCGGAGCAGUCCCAACCGUCGCUAUGGUAUUAUUCUAGAGGAACUACGCCAGGAGGUCCAUCGACAAGUCGUCUCCAGUCACCGACCAGGCGCUCAAAUGGAAGCGGAAGAUGACAGCCAUAAAAGCGUUUCCAGAGAAAGCAGCUUUCUUUCGCCUAGCUUUCAUCCCGCUCCGGUUCCCGCAGUCUCCCUGAAGCCGAAUGUCAUGGUGUUUGAACCACUGCCCGCCGACCUGUCUGCCUCUCAUCUUGUGAACGACUCAUUCAAAUUAUAUGAUAGUUUCGGUUUCCCGGAUAGCUCCGAUACUUCGGCCUGGUGGGCACAACUAGACUCCUGGGAGCCGUCUAUCUUUCGGUUUUAGAGCAUACCACAACCUUUAAUGUGGGCCUCCAGCGUUCAUCCCUAGGCGACCAAUUUCAGUGCUGGUAGUGAUCGUUCGGCCUUGUAGAGGAGAGAAAAAAAGCCAUUCUUGUGUCAUUUUGCGAACAUAGAUAACAGAUCAAUGACAGCAUGGAGUUCCAUCUCUAUAGCGUCAAGCCUUUCCCGGGCAUUGUUAGUGUCUUCUUCGUCUCUGUCUUUCUUUAUCUUCCUACUCCCUAGCCUGGAGAGGAGCUGGCUAUGGAUCCAUUGCAAUUUCUGCUAGUCAUUAGAUGUAUACAACAUGUCCACAUGUUACCAUGCUCGAAAUCUGAUUGAUGUUAAGUCAGAUAAGACAUUGCAAGAGCUCCUCGAUGUCACAGAUAGAAUUUUGGAUUGAUGGUCGCAAAGCCCUGCUGGAUUUUGAUACUGCUUCGUCAAGCUAGACGUCCGAUGUAGGGUGUUAGGGCAGAUUCCUAGGUAGGCCAGUAGCCUUCAAUUGAUUUGCUAGUU